AAAGCAGAGCGUAUCAAAGUUGAAAAGAGAAUUUGCAGAGAGCGCUCAGAUUUAGCCUUACUCGUUUUAGUAUUCCACACAAACAACUUCAAAGAAAUCAAACAAACAAACAAACACACCCAAAGCGUGAGUGAGAGAGAGAGAGAGAGAGAGAGAGAGAAAAAGAGAAUGCCUGGGAGUUUAGAGCCGUUGGAUUUGGGGGUUCAGAUACCCUAUCAUUUCAGGUGCCCGAUCUCGCUCGAGUUGAUGCGAGACCCGGUGACCGUCAGCACCGGUCAGACCUACGACCGGCCCAGCAUCGAGUCCUGGGUAGCCACCGGAAACACCACGUGCCCGGUUACCAGGGCCCCGCUCACCGACUUCACGCUCAUCCCGAACCACACGCUCCGCCGCCUCAUCCAGGAUUGGUGCGUCGCCAACCGCUCUUUUGGCGUCGAGCGAAUCCCCACUCCCAAACAACCCGCCGACCCGGGUCUUGUCCGCUCGCUGCUCACCCAAGCCUCCGCCGAUACCAGCCCGCUUCAGUCGCGCCUCUCCGCGCUGCGUCGACUCAGAGGAUUCGCCCGCGACUCCGACAAGAACCGCUCCGUCAUUGCCUCCCACAACGCGCGCCAAAUCCUCACCGAUAUAUUCUUUUCCGGUGCCCGUACCGGUAACGACUCAGAGUCGUCCGGUUCCGAGUUGAACCACGAGUCGCUCGCGCUUUUGGUAAUAUUCCCGCUCGCGGAGACGGAGUGCGCGUCGGUGGCCUCGGACCCGGACCGGGUCGCCUACUUAUCGCGCCUCCUGUUCCAUUCCUCGAUUGAGGUCAGAGUUAACGCGGCCGCGCUCAUCGAAAUAGUCGUGGCCGGAACUCGGUCGCCGGAGCUCCGAGCUCAGGUUAGUAAUGUGGACGAAAUCUUCGAAGGAGUGAUCGAGAUUAUGAAGAAUCCGAUCGCUUCGUAUCCGCGAGCGCUAAAAGCCGGCGUGAAGGCCUUGUUCGCUCUGUGCCUGGUGAAGCAGACCAGGCACAAGGCGGUCCAGGCCGGAGCCCCGGAGACGCUCAUCGACCGGUUGGCUGAUUUCGAGAAGUGCGACGCGGAGCGAGCGCUUGCCACCGUGGAGCUCCUCUGCCGGAUUCCGGCGGGGUGCUCGGCAUUCGCUUCGCACGCGCUCACCGUGCCUCUGCUCGUGAAGAUAAUCCUGAAGAUCUCGGACCGCGCGACGGAGUACGCCGCUGGAGCUCUGGUAUCACUUUGCUCGGCGUCGGAGCAGAGCCAGAGGGACGCGGUCGCCGCCGGCGUGCUAACUCAGCUGCUCUUGCUGGUUCAGAGCGACUGUACGGACCGGGCCAAGAGAAAGGCCCAGCUUUUGCUGAAGCUUCUUCGGGAUUCGUGGCCCGAAUAUUCCUUCGGAAACUCUGACGAUUUUGCUUGCAGCGAGGUUGUGAUUCCUUCUUAUUGAUUCUUGACGACAUGGUGAUGGUGCUGAUGAUGUUCAUCAUGAUUCUUCAAUCCAAUCUCAAUUUUUGAUUUUUGGUAUAAAAGAAUUGGAAAAAAAAGAAAUUUGAAAAUUGAGGUUCUAGAUUGGUGUAUAGAGAAUUGUAAUUCUGUGUAUGUAAGAAUUUUUGUUGAAAAAGUUAUUGAAAUGCAAAUGAAAAGAUAGAUCUGUUCUUUA